GAAGAAUGAACCGGUGAGAUUCAGUUGGUAUGAAUAGGGAAAAAAGACUCAACUCUCCACUAUGUCCGUCGGGGGGAUCAAUCCACUGUAGCUAGUCCUAUUAACGGAGAUAUUUUCACUGUAAAGAAGGGCAAAGCUUACGUCCGGAAUGUAGGUACGUACGAAAUGCCAAAACUCGACCAUAUCAGGGUACUUACCGAGCAAGUAUAUAUUGAAUUUCUUUCCGUGCUUUCCUUUUCAGUUUGUUUCUCAACAUCAUAAACACCACCAUCACUAUACUUUCAUGUUGCAAUUAAUUUACAUACCAUACAAUUUCCACACUUUUGGAUCUCGAUCCCGUACCAUCACACAAUGACCUCCACCGCAAUCGUAGGCUCAACCGGCCUCGUCGUAAGUUUCCUCCCCUCCUCUCUCCAAACAACACACCUAACAUAUAACCCAGGGCUCCCACAUCCUCACAACCCUCCUCACCCACCCCUCCAUCUCCAGCGUAUCCUCCUUCUCNUCCAAACAACACACCUAACAUAUAACCCAGGGCUCCCACAUCCUCACAACCCUCCUCACCCACCCCUCCAUCUCCAGCGUAUCCUCCUUCUCCCGCCGCGACCCCCCCACCAAAGACCCCAAACUCCAACCCCUCGUCUCCUCCGACACCUCCACCUGGCCCACCACCCUCAGCACCCUCACCCCCAUCCCAUCCAUCCUCUUCUCCGCCCUGGGCACUACCAAAGCCGCAGCCGGCUCCAUCGCCGCCCAACGCGCCAUCGACUACGCCCUCAACCUCUCGCUCGCACAGUCCGCAAAGANCCAUCCAUCCUCUUCUCCGCCCUGGGCACUACCAAAGCCGCAGCCGGCUCCAUCGCCGCCCAACGCGCCAUCGACUACGCCCUCAACCUCUCGCUCGCACAGUCCGCAAAGACCGCCGACGUCAAGGUCUACGUGCUGAUCUCGACGGGCGGCGCGAACGCGCAGAGCAUGUUUGCGUAUCCCAAGAUGAAGGGCGAGCUGGAGGAUGCGGUUAAGGCGUUGGGGUUUGAACAUGUGGUUAUUCUGAGACCGGGUCUGAUUGUGGGGGAGAGGGAGGAGAGUCGACCGGCGGAGUGGGUGUUUAGGAAGAUUGCGGGGGUGAUGGGGGGUGUGAGGGUGGGGCUUAAGGAUGUUUGGGCGCAGGAUGAUGUGGUUAUUGCGAGGGCGGGAGUGGCUGCUGGGCUGAAGGCGUUGGAGGGGGGUGAGAAGGUAGUUGAGUUGGGGCAGAGUGAUAUUGUGAGGUUGGGACGGACGGAGUGGAAGGUUUAG